AUGCCUCGCAUCACCGUAGAGCUGCUGCGGAAGCGGGCGGAACACAAUGAAGGUAUGAUUUCCACACUUGAGGAGAUCUCACUACACCAAGAAGAACUGGAGAAGAUCGAAGUGAUCGGCACUUUGUGUCGCAAGUUGCGUAUCCUGUACCUGCAGAACAACAUAAUUGAGAUGAUCGAGGACUUAACGCACAUGAAAGAGCUGCGAUAUCUUAAUUUGGCUCUAAACAACAUCAGUGAGAUCGAAGGUCUACACAGCUGCGAGUUCCUCAACAAACUGGACCUCACCGUCAACUUUGUGGACUUCGACACCUUGGAGAAGAGUAUCGACCACCUCAAACCUCUGCAGCACCUUCGAGAGCUCUACAUGCUCGGUAACCCAUGCCAAUCCAACUGGGAGACUGGAUUCCGCGAGUACGUGAUCGCCUCACUGCCUCAACUUGAGAUUCUGGACGGUAAAGAGAUUCAUCGUAGCGAUCGAAUUAAAGCCUUACAAGUCUUUCAAGAGAGACAGCAGUAUGUUCGUCAAGAAGCCAUUGCGGUGCGUGAUAAGAAGGCGCAACAACAAGCAGAAGAUGAAGCUGUGAUUGAAGUGGUGGGCGGCAAAGCGACCGAUAUUUCGGAGAAGAAGUCGGUCAUGUCGUCGACGGAGAAGGUCCCAUAUACACCACACACCCGUCGUGAAAUGUAUCUCGAGAUGGCGGAGCAGAAGGAAGAGGAAGAAGCUCGCAGACGCGAAAACCAGCCGAGGGAGAGGAACGCAGAAGCUGAACACGAGGAAACGCUGCGCAAGGCUCGAGAGCUGGAAGAACGGGCAGAUGGGUCCAUUCGGCAAUGCAACGAAGGCAAGUGGGAGUUCCGACUCAUGGACGAGAUCCUCGAUAUUAUUCUGGAGGUGGAUCUACCUCGGUUCAUGGACACGUCAUUGAUAGACGUGGACGUUCAUCCUUCGUACGUCUCCAUAGUGGCAAAGAAUAAGGUUCUCCGGCUCAAAUUCCCGGAGCUCGUACAUUCAGAUGCGGGCAAAGCGGAACGAUCAAAGACCACCGGAACCCUGCGCUUGACACUACCGAAAGCACAUGUUACCCCCACACAACAACUACGCGCAAAGUUAAACCGUGAAGAACAGGAGAAAACGAUGAAAGACAAGAAAAAACCGACUUCAACCAUGAAAAGCACCUCGAGGCGAUCCAAGAUUUCUGACGAGCUUCUUGAAGCUGCAAGCAAGGUUUCACCGGAUCAACGUCGCGCAGUCAACAUUCGCGGGCUAGUGAAGAAAGAGAACAAAGAAGACAAUAAUGCUCUUCACAAACGCCCGCAAAUGACUCCACUAGUGACGAAAACGACUGCGAGCCACAGCAUUGGCCCCGAAGUAGAACUCGAGGAGGACGAAGAUGCCCCACCGCUAGUUUUCUAA